AUGGCGUCGGAGAUCGAGGUGCUCGAGGACACCACCGCCGCCGCCUCCUCCGCCGUGGCGGAGGCGCCGUUGGAGGCGGCCGCGGCGGCGGCGGAGGAGGCGCUCAAGGACGACGUGUACACGGCGGCGGCGUACGGCGAUCUGGAGAAGCUGCAGCGGCUGGUGGAGGCGGAGGGCCGCCCCGUCGGCGGCACCGACGCCUCCGGCUACUACGCGCUCCAGUGGGCCGUCCUCAACAACCGCGUCGCCGCCGCGCAGUACAUCCUCGAGCAUGGUGGAGAUGUAAAUGCCGUGGAUCACACUGGGCAGACAGCACUUCACUGGAGUUCCGUACGUGGUCACAUACAAGUUGCUGAACUACUUCUGAAAGAAGGAGCUAAGGUGGAUGCUGCUGAUUUAUAUGGCUAUCAGGCCACACAUGUUGCAGCGCAGUAUGGUCAGACAGCAUUUAUUUAUCACAUUGUUGCAAAAUGGAAUGCCGAUCCAGAUGUCCCUGACAACGAUGGAAGAAGCCCAUUGCACUGGGCUGCUUACAAGGGGUUCGCAGAUUCGAUACGUCUUCUUUUGUAUUUGGAUGCUCAUAGGGUGCGGCAGGAUAAGGAAGGUUGUACUCCUUUACAUUGGGCUGCUAUCCGGGGUAAUCUAGAGGCAUGCACUGUGCUAGUUCAGGCUGGGAAAAAGGAUGACUUGAUGGUGAAAGACAAAACUGGUUUAACUCCAGCGCAGCUUGCUGCUGAUAAGAAUCAUCGACAAGUUGCAUUUUUUCUUGACAAUGCUAGAAGGGUACAUGACAGUGGAUGUAAUGGGAAUCCGACAUUUGCAAAGCUAUCAAAAGUAGGGCUUGCUCCUCUUCUUUGGUGUAUUGCUGUUGUAUUGCUUGCUACAUAUAUACAUUCUGUUAUAGCAGGACAAUAUAACAUGGGUAUGACACCAGCAUUUGGGCUAUUUGCAUGGUCCGGAGUUUUCGUUGCAACUGCUGGCUUGGUCAUGUUCUAUAAAUGUAGCAGGAAAGACCCUGGCUACAUCAGUGCGAAUACAAGAGACUCACAUAAUCAAAGGGAUGAUGAACCCUUGUUGAAGAUGGAGUUAGACAAUCCUGCACUUCUGACUGGUAACUGGUCACAGCUUUGUAUAACCUGCAAAAUUGUCAGACCUGUUCGUUCGAAACAUUGUUCUACAUGUGAUCGCUGUGUUGAGCAGUUUGACCAUCACUGCCCCUGGGUAUCUAAUUGUGUCGGCAAGAAGAACAAAUGGGAAUUCUUCAUGUUCAUCACUCUAGAAGUAAUUGCAAUGAUCAUUACUGGUUCUGCUGCCAUCAUAAGUAUAAUAGCAAAGAACAUCACAACCAACGAGAUGGCCAAUUCCAUGAGAUACACUUAUCUAAGAGGUCCAGCUGGCAGAUUCAGAAAUCCGUUCGACCAUGGGGUGCGCAAGAACUGCUCAGACUUCUUGGUAAACGGGUACAAUGAGGACGUUGAGCGGCUCGAGCAUGCAUCGCGCACUGACGAAGAAAUAGGAAUGAUACAGAUGACAAGUGCAGUCUCACAGAAUGGCGAGGGUCAUUCCCAUCAUGGUAAUUGCGAUGACCAUGCUUGUGCUGAUUCACAUGCCAACUCAAACUCUCACAGUCAAGGUGGUUCCUCUCAGUGUUGCGACCACAGCAAGAAGAAUGAGAGGACACCAUUCGGCCUAGGGCUCGGCCUUGGACGAAACAGUGCUUCCCGGCAGUAUAUCCGGAAUCUUCUUCCACUAUGA